AUGAAUGCACCUUCUGCGACGACUCCACCCCGCCAAAGAAGCACCAAGUCUUCAACACAGCAGUCGACCUCUUCAGCCUGGGCUACUAUCUCGACUGCACUCGGCUCCGCGACUCCGCCAUGUCCCACAUCUUCCACACUUCCCAAGUCCCCGCCAUCGUCACGCCCUACACCGCGUUCCUGGAACAGCUUUGGAAUCCCAAAAGGAAUACAAGAUGAGAGAAGUAACCUGCAGCGUCUCCGACGAAUCUGCAUCGACGUCGUCGAGAAGAAGAGGCCGGCUGAGGUCUACGAUGGUUUGCGCGACCAAAGAAUUCAUGUACCGGCGCCGGUGGCUUAUGACUUCUUGACGAUGAUGAUGAUCACCGAGGGAAGGGAUAUGCCGCCGAUCAAAUUGAGCAUCUACCAUUAUCACGACGAGGAUGCUACGUACUGCGCUUGCAAGCGCCGUCGGUACGACGCUGAGUUUCUCGUUGAAGAGUAG